CUACCAGCCUCAGCCUCAGCCUCAGCCUGCCUGCCCCACUCCACUGUCCACUCCACCAGCCCAGCCCCAGCCCCAGCGCCAGCGCCAGCACCAACCUCCCUACCCCUGCUCCCCCCUUGCUGCGCGGUGGUAGCAGCAGCCAGCGGAUUAGAUAGGCGGGCGGGAUUGAUUUUGACUGAUCGCCUUCCAUCUCCUCCCGGGGGACUCCCUCCCGCCGCCGCGGCGCCGAGGGCGGUGCUGGUGUGGGGAUUUCGGUGCGGCUUUGGCUCAGACCUCUCCGUCGUCGCCGUAAUCUUGGCCGGACCGAAUCUGCGGCCUGCGUGGGGGCGAUGGAGGCGUGGCCGCUGUGGCGGUGGUGGGCGCUGGCCGCCGCCGGCGUGCUCUGCCUGCUCCUGCCGCCGGCCGCCGCCACGCUCUCCCCCACCGGCAUCAACUACGAAGUGGUGGCGCUGAUGGCCAUCAAGACGGACCUGCAGGACCACUACAACGUGCUCGACAACUGGGACAUCAACUCCGUCGACCCCUGCAGCUGGAGGAUGGUCACCUGCUCCUCCGACGGCUACGUCUCCGCGCUCGGUCUGCCCAGCCAAAGGCUCUCCGGUAAACUGUCGCCCGGCAUCGGGAACCUCACGAGGCUGCAAUCUGUGCUACUGCAGAACAACGCGAUUUCUGGCACUAUUCCUAGCACCAUAGGCAGGCUGGGGAUGCUUCAGACGCUUGACAUGUCAGACAACCAUCUUACCGGGAGCAUCCCGACUUCGCUCGGCGAUCUCAAGAACCUCAACUAUCUGAAAUUGAACAACAACAGUUUAUCUGGAGUUUUACCCGAAUCACUAGCCACCAUUAAUGGCCUUGCACUUGUGGACCUUUCGUUUAACAACCUGAGCGGUCCCGUGCCAAAGAUUUCUGCAAGAACUUUCAGCAUUGCUGGAAAUUCAAUGAUCUGUGGUGUCAAGUCUGGAGACAAUUGCUCAUCCGUGUCGCUGGACCCGCUUUCUUAUCCACCAGAUGACCUUAAGAUUCAGCCACAACAAGCCAUGCCAAGAAGUCACCGUAUUGCCAUCAUCUGUGGAGCAACCGUGGGUUCUGUAGCGUUUGUCGCUAUCGUGGUCGGUAUGCUUCUUUGGUGGAGGCAUAAGCAUAAUCAACAAAUAUUUUUUGAUGUAAAUGCUACAGAUCAAUAUGACCCAGAAGUAUGCUUGGGCCAUCUGAAAAAGUACACCUUCAAGGAGCUUCGAGCAUCUACCAACAAUUUCAACUCAAAAAACAUAUUAGGUGAAGGUGGAUAUGGAAUAGUAUACAAGGGGUUCUUACGUGAUGGUUCAAUAGUUGCUGUUAAAAGGCUGAAAGACUACAAUGCUGUUGGUGGGGAAGUUCAAUUUCAAACUGAAGUUGAAGUCAUAAGCUUAGCUGUUCAUCGGAAUCUCCUACGGCUCAUUGGAUUUUGCACUACGGAGUGUGAGAGAUUACUUGUUUAUCCUUAUAUGCCAAAUGGAAGUGUUGCUUCUCAGUUGCGCGAGCAUAUAAAUGGCAAGCCAGCUCUAGAUUGGUCGAGGAGAAAGAUGAUAGCACUGGGUACAGCACGAGGGCUGCUUUAUUUGCACGAACAGUGUGAUCCAAAAAUAAUCCAUCGUGAUGUAAAAGCCUCCAAUGUGCUUCUUGAUGAAUAUUUUGAAGCAAUAGUCGGAGAUUUCGGAUUGGCGAAACUUUUGGAUCACCAGGAGACCCAUGUUACCACGGCAGUGCGUGGCACCGUGGGGCACAUAGCUCCAGAGUAUUUGUCAACUGGCCAGUCAUCGGAGAAGACAGAUGUGUUUGGGUUUGGAGUCCUGUUGGUUGAGUUGAUCACUGGCCAGAAAGCAUUGGAUUUUGGAAGACUAGCAAAUCAGAAGGGCGGAGUGCUUGAUUUGGUAAAGAAGCUCCAUCAGGAAAAGCAGCUGAACAUGAUGGUGGACAAGGACCUCGGCAGCAACUACGACAGGGUGGAGCUGGAGGAGAUGGUGCAGGUGGCCCUGCUGUGCACGCAGUACUACCCGUCCCACCGCCCCCGGAUGUCGGAGGUGAUCAGGAUGCUGGAAGGGGACGGGCUCGCGGAGAAAUGGGAGGCGUCGCAGAACGUCGACACGCCGAAGUCAGUCUCAUCGGAGCUCCUGCCCCUGAAGUUCACCGAUUUCGCGGGGGCCGACGAGUCCUCGGUCGGCCUCGAGGCCAUGGAGCUCUCCGGACCAAGGUGACCGGCAACGGCGACCAAUUUGAUCGCAUAGAUGCUUGCUUGUGCGGUUGUGCCUGGAUGUGUCGUUCAAUUAGCUUUGGAGAGACCGGGCAAAGGGAGAGGUGUCAUUUUUUCAUGUUGGAUAGGGUAAGGGUAGGGGUGGUGGCAUUCAUUUGUACAUACGGGCAUGGUGAUUGUGAGUUGAGCUCGGCCCAUCGUUGCUGCUCAUGUACAUGUAGGCUAAGAAAGAUGAGAUGUGAUGAGUUGAGUAAAUAUAGAAAGGAAAUUUUCCAUUGGGCAGCUA